AUGGCGACCUUGCAAACCAGUACUCUUUUCGUGGUGCUCGGAAUGCUUCCUUUGAGACAUUCAUGGGGACAGCAGCCUUCUGGGGCAGAGACGUUCAUGAAUUAUCCUGGCCUUAGCACUGCGUGUCUAGGUGCCUUGGAGACAAAUGUUACAUGUCCGCCAUUUUUGGGUCCGGUUUCUGCAAGUGGAGAGAUUUUGGAUUCCGAUCAGGUCACUGAGCUUUGCGUCGAUUCCUGCUAUUCUUCCCUGGAAGCCGCCAGAAAUACUAUCAAAGGUGCUUGCACGGCCGCCACCGAUAUCAUUGUAUAUGAGAACAUCGCAUAUCCAGUGCAGAGCACAGAUGACUGCAACUCCGUGGCUCUUUCGCACAAUGUUUCGACCUAUAAUCUUCUAUAUGCCAAUGGUCUGGAUCUGUACUGUCAAAACUUUGCCGCCGCUGUUAACUCCCCCCUUUGCAUACCGCCGCAAUGCAAUACAUAUAUUUGGCAGGCAUCGGACACGUGUGAUAGCGUUGCUAGAAGUAUCAUCGGAGUCACUGUCCCGCAGUUUCUCUCAUGGAACCCUAACUUCAACUCGCUCUGCCAGAACAGCCCCAAUUAUAUCGGAUAUGUGGUCUGUGUGAGUUCCAUCAGCCCACCAGGUGGUUAUUUAAACUCUACAGCGUCACCAACAAACGGUUCGACCGGAUACACGGGCGGCGCGACGGCUGCCGUGCCUGCGCCGACAAAUGCGAUGACUGGAUCCAACAGAAAUUGCGGCCAAUGGUAUACUGUCGAGGAAGGAGAUGAUUGCGCACUUCUUUCCGUUCGAUUCUCACUUGCGCUCUCUGACUUCUAUUUUCUGAAUUCCGAAAUCGACGUAAACUGCACAAAUCUGGAGCUUGGUGAGGCUUAUUGUGUAGCACCGGUGGGAACUCUGACUACGUACUCUGGCUAUCCAGUCACAACGCCGUUUAUUGUGGUCACAAGCGCUACCUUCCCCUCGGUUAACACCGCAAUUCCCACCGUUAGCAGUCACCCGGGAUACGUUGCGACCACCUCACUGCUUCCAACGGCGUCUGGCACUGUAAAUGGUUGCACGACAUACCGAAACUACGAUGGCACAAAUGGCCUGAACGACUGCUCCUAUAUCGCAGCCGCAGAGGGCGUUACCACAGAUGAACUCCUCGCUUGGAACCCUAGUCUUUCCACCACCAAUUGCGUUUUUCACUCUGGACACAGCUAUUGCGUUUACCGGACUAAUGCCGCUUCGGACACCAGCGACACUAGCUACUGUUUGCCCACAAAUGCUACGGAGCCCGGAACAAUAUCAACCUGCAACUGCUUUACCGAAGUCAUUGGAUAUCAGAAUAGCAGUGGCUACAGUUGUGUCGACAUCGAGACCGGCUUCGGCCUGACAGCUACGCAGCUACUGGCAUGGAAUAGCUGGAUGGGUUCUGACUGUAACUCCGCACUGUUCAAGGGCCUAGGGUAUUACGAUGUCCGUGCCAUCUGUGUAGGUGUGGGACCUACCACCACCAGUUCACCCACGACAACUACAGCAACGACCACAACCUCGUCGGUCGCAGCACCUACCCAGACUGGAAUUGUCGCAGACUGUAAAGAAUUCUAUACAGUGAAUCCUGGGGAUACCUGUGCAUCGAUUGAAGCCCAGUUCGGCAUCACCUUUGGCGAAUUCUACUCGUGGAACCCAAGCAUCGGCGCCGGAUGUACGAACCUAUGGUUGGGGUAUGCGUAUUGUGUGAAGGGCCCUCAAAGCACCGCCACAGCUACUGGGCCGGGCGGCCCGGUGCAAACUGGCAUCGCAUCUAAUUGCAACGCAUAUUACACAGUUGCGCAGGGAGACUCAUGUGCCGCUAUUGAGUCGAGAUAUGAUAUUACCUUUGCCCAGAUGUACCAGUGGAACCCAGCUAUUGGAUCUAAUUGUGGGAAUCUGUGGAUUGGGUACGCUAUUUGUGUCGGCGUUUCCUCAUAG